GCUGGCGCCUCCUUCCUCACAGCUCCAGGCUGAGGAAGUCCAAGUUGCUGAGCCUCCCUGGCCUGCGAGCGUCUGUUCCGGAGCCUCUGUAGAGCUGCAGCAGCCCCGGGCACAGACAUGGAGUCAGUGACCUUUGAGGAUGUGGCAGUCAACUUCACCCUGGAGGAGUGGACUUUGCUGAAUCCUUCACAGGAAAAUCUUUACAGAGCUGUGAUGAGAGAAACCAUCAGGAACCUGCAUGAUAUAGGACAGAAAUUGGGAGAACAGAACACUGAAAAUUCAUACAAAAAUCCUGGGGGAAAUCUAAGAUAUCAAGUGGUAGAGAAGCUCUGUGAAUAUGAAGAAGAUAGUCAAUGGGAAGAGAUUUUUAGUGAGAUUCCAGAUCCUGUGGUGAGACAGAAAACUGGAGAAAAGCCCUGUGAAAGCUAUAUAUGUGGAGAAGACAUUACUGGUCAUUCAUUUCUAAAUGUGUCCCUCAGAGGUCAGACUAGAUGCAAAACACAUGAGUAUAAAGAACACGGAGCGAAGCCAUGUACAUGUAACAACUGUGGAGUGGCUUUUGGUUCUCCUCAAAGCUUUCUGAAUCAUGAACAGAUUUAUACACAAGAGAAACCCUAUGUCUGUAAACAGUGUGAUAAAGCCUUUAGGUAUCUCAGUUCUCUUCAAAAUCAUAAAAGAAUCCAUAUGAGAGAAAGAAAUCAUGUGUGUAAACAAUGUGGGAAAUCUUUUAAGAGACAGAGUAAUGUUCAAGUCCAUGAGAGAAAUCACACAGGAGAGAAACCCUAUAUGUGUAAGCAAUGUGGGAAAGCCUAUACUUCCUACAGUACACUUCAAGCACAUGAAAGAAGUCACACAGGAGAGAAACCCUUUGUGUGUAAGCAAUGUGGGAAAGCCUAUACUUCCUACAGUACACUUCAAGCACAUGAAAGAAGUCACACUGGAGAGAAACCCUUUGUGUGUAAGCAAUGUGGGAAAGCCUAUACUUCUUACGGUACCCUCCGAGCACAUGAAAGAAGUCACACAGGAGAGAAACCCUAUGUGUGUAAGCAAUGUGGGAAAGCCUAUACUUCUUACAGUACCCUUCGAGCACAUGAAAGAAGUCACACAGGAGAGAAACCCUAUGUGUGUAAACAAUGUGGGAAAGCAUUCACUCAAUCCAGCUACCUUCGAAUACAUAAAAGAACUCACACAGGAGAGAAACCGUACAUCUGUAAGCAAUGUGGAAAACCCUUUGCUCGUUCUAGCCACCUGCAAAUACAUAAAAGAAGUCAUACAGGAGAAAAACCCUAUGUGUGUAAGCAGUGUGGGAAAGCCUUUGCUCAAUCCAGUUACCUUCACAUACAUCAAAGAAGUCACACUGGAGAAAAACCUUACUUAUGUAAACAGUGUGGGAAAGCCUUCACUCGUUCUAGCCACCUGCAAAUACAUAAAAUAACUCAUACUGGAGAGAAACCCUACUCAUGUAAGCUAUGUGGGAAAGCCUUUACUCAUUCUAAUUACCUACAGAUACAUAAAAGAAUUCACACAGGAGAAAAACCUUAUGUGUGUAAGGAGUGUGGGAAAGCUUUUGCUCGCUCCACUUCCCUUCACAUACAUGAAGGAACUCACAGUGGAGAGAAACCUUAUGUAUGCAAGCAAUGUGGGAAAGCCUUCACUUUGUCCAGUUCCCUUCGAAGGCAUGAUUUAGUUCACUCAGAAGAGAAACCCUAUAUUUGUAAGUGUUGUGGGAAAACGUUUGGUUGUUAUAGUAGCGUUCAGAAACAUGAAAAGACUCAUAGAGAAGAACAGACUCUGUUAGUGUAAUAAAUGUGGGGAAAUGCAGUUGCUCUGAUUCCUUUCAAAUACAUGACAUAGCUGACACUGGAAAGAAACUGGAGGUUUGUAUCCAUUAUGGGGUGCUUUCAUUGACCCUAGUUUUUUUGUUGUUGUUUUGCUUUGCUUUGCUUUGUUUUUAAUACCAUGAAAGGAUUCACACUGGAGAAAAACUUCUAGAUAUAAUACAGAAAAAUGUUCACUUAUUCUGCUUCUUUAACAAACAUGGAGAAAUUUAAACUGGAGAGGCAUCCUAAAUAUAAAAUACGGAAACACUGUAUUAUCACUUGACUUUCUAAAAUUCAUGAAAAUGCAUAAUCCAUAGCACGAGGGAAUGUUAUCCAUCCCUUUGCAAAUGCAAAAUAACAAUAUGGAGAGAAAACCCUUGACUAAAAAUGAUAUACCAAAAAUAGAAUCUUCAGAUGGCCCACAUGCAGCAAUGCACAUAGAAUCAGAAGAUUAAAUAUGAAAAACAGCAGUUUUCUGUUUUCCUCUGAGAUGGCAUAUACCUAUAAUUACAGUACUUGGGAAGGUCAAAACUAAAGAUCAAGAGUUUUGAGUUUCACUGGGCUAUAUUGUCUAUCUGAUUUAAAAAACAUUUUGUUUGUUAAAUUUUUCUUUAUUCUUAAUAAUUUCAUUCAUAUCUACAAUGAAUUCUGAGCAUAUUACUCCAUUUUUUUCCCUCUAACCCACUAAAUCCAGUUACUGCUGCUCAUGUGUGCAUGAGCAUAGCCACUUCCUCAGAAGCUGUCAACUGUCAAUAGCUCCUUAGGGGUAAAGGUUGGAGAUCAUCUACCCAAUCAAUGCUAGAAUUUUGACUGUCUUAACCCUAUGCAGGUAACCACAAACACAUGUGAAAUCAUGAAUAUAAUAGCCAUAUAAUGAACAAAAGACUGCAAUUCACAUCCUCUGACUUGUAUUCUUUCUACCUCCUAGAAAAAUGUUUUUAAUAAAGUUUGAUUGUUGUCUUGGUUA